AUGGGUGGGCUACGUUUUUACAAUGAAGAAGUUUUGGAUUCUGGAAAUGUAGAUGUUUUUAUUGAAGACUAUUAUGCAAGGAUUUUUGCAUGGCUUUUGCAUCUUGAUGAGAAUCCUAAUGAGGAACUAAGUUUAUCAACAGCAACCCUCAGGAGAAGUGGUCAAAUUCAUCGGAUUCAUAUACAUCAUGCUAUCACUGGCACAGCUACUACUAUAAAUCCUAAAAGUGAAAAUGUCAACGAAACACUGUCUGCGUCAUCAACUACCAUUCCUCUAGACGUUAGUGGCUUUAGGAAAUCCAGUGUUCACAAAGUAUCGGCGGAAAGUUUAAAGGCUCGACCGGUGACAACAUCGUCGAAGAAGACUACAACUAUGACCGCAACCGCAUCUACUAUUACCACUGUAGCUCCAAGCAGCACACUUGCAAGUAGCGUAUUGCCCUCGUUUAGCAAAAAUCGACGCCUAAUCAUCAUUAAUCGCAGUUUCACUCCACGAAACAGAAAUGACAAUGAUUCGCUUAACCACCUUCCUAGUCAAUCGUCUGCAAAUCUAAAACAAACUUCUAUAAUCACUACCGAUAUUCCAGAAAACGACAGCAAACCUACGAAAUUGUUCUUUGCUACGACGCACAGGCAAGUGAACGUAACGCCUAAAUUCGCUGAUACAUCAACUUCUGAGAUAAUAUCAAAGGCAUCAACUACUCUACCCAUUGCAAGCACAGACUUAAAAUUCCCCAUACAGUCAUCACUGGAUACGGGAGACUGGGAAGCUCCUAUUGAAGAAUCAAUGUCAGAAAUUUUACCUGGAAGAGCUACUUCGGAAAGCUUUGCUAAAUUGUUAGGAAAGGAGUCAGGGAAUUUGUUAGGAACUUUUGAAGUACCAAAUAAAGUCGAUAAAUCGAUACCAAUGGAGAUGCCGAUACCGUUGCCGGAGAAAGAAUUCACUAUAAAACAAAUAUUUGGCAAGGGUACAAAAGAUAACGAAUUGAGAGAGAGCUUCCCAGGUGUACUAUCAACACUGACUCCACCACCGUCGACCUUGAAAACAUCAUUACCAUCGGUACAACAGAUUGGGGCACCUGGAGCGGCACCACCAAACGAUUCUGUGGUAGACGAACUCAACCGAGCUGAGAAUUUCAUGGAGUCUGCCUACAAUGGCCGUGAGAUUUUGGCAGCCUCUCCAUACUCAUCCCGCCCAACGCUGCCGAAUCGGGGUCCCUUACAGGGUCAGGGGAAUCAGGCCCGUUUACUUUACUGUGUCUAG